AUGGGAAAAGAUCAAGCGGACGUCCCAAGAACUCUUGGAAAGAAGCUGUUGACAGAGACAGCAUUUGGUAUGGAUCACAGUAGGUUUAUAGGUUACAGGUGUGUUGAACUUCACUUCGUUGCACUUCGUUACGUUCAACUGUUUAUAGAUCACAGUAGGUUUAUAGGUUACAGGUGUGUUGAAAUUCACUUCGUUGCACUUCGUUACGCUCAACUGUUUAUAGAUUACAGUAGGUUCAUAGGUUACAGGUGUGUUGAACUUCACUUCGUUGCACUUCGUUACGUUCAACUGUUUAUAGAUCACAGUAGGUUUAUAGGUUACAGGUGUGUUGAACUUCACUUCGUUGCACUUCGUUACGUUCAACUGUUUAUAGAUUACAGUAGGUUUAUAGAUUACAGGUGUGUUGAACUUCACUUCGUUGCACUUCGUUACGUUCAACUGUUUAUAGAUUACAGUAGGUUCAUAGGUUACAGGUGUGUUGAACUCCACUUCGUUGCACUUCGUUACGUUCAACUGUUUAUAGAUUAG